AAACUACAGGACCGAAAAGCGAAAAAACACAAUUACCAGAGAAAAAACACUGGUUGUAUAUUUAUAGCCUUUUCAGGCCCCACGUGUCGUUCUCCAGAGUCGAAAGAUCAACGAAACCUCUGUAAGCCCGAGUGUGACUCGCACACUUUCCUUCAACGCCAACUCGGACAGAACUCACUCCUAUGUAUUCACCGUCGAUUGCUGCCUGACUCAGUAAUCACUAUGGAAGAAGUUUGUUUGAAUAGUGAGCCGGUGUUUGACGAAGGCGAUGACUAUGAAGUUGAGGGAGACAGCAGUGCAGUGGGAUGUGAUGAUGAAACUGGUGAAAAUUGUUCGAAGAAAGAACGACCAGAACCGACCGUGGGUUUGGAGUUUGAUUCUUUUGAUGAAGCUUAUGAUUUUUACAAUGUUUAUGCCAAGGAACAAGGUUUUGGCAUUAGAGUGAGCAACUCUUGGUUCAGGUCAAAGAGAAAAGAACGUUAUAGAGCGAAACUUAGUUGCAGUAGUGCAGGUUUUAAGAAAAAGAGUGAAGCAAACAAUCCAAGACCGGAAACAAGAACUGGCUGUCCUGCAAUGGUCGUCAUUAGGCUAGUGGACUCUAAAAGAUGGAGAAUAGUUGAUGUUGAGCUUGAACAUAAUCAUCCGGUGAAUCCUCAAAUCAAAAGGUUUUAUAAGUCUCAUAAACGGAUGAUUCUUGCAGCCAAAAAAGCACAACCACCACCAGAGCCUGUCACCGAAGUACACACUAUCAGGUUGCAUCGUAGAGCUCUCAUGAAUACUGGGUGUAAUGUGUACUUAAAUGUUGAUGAAAGGGGGCAUGUUGAUCAUGUUGAUCACUUCAAACAUUUGGAACUCAAAGAAGGAGAUGCACUUGCAGUAUAUAACUACUUCUGUCGCAUGAAGUUGACAAAUCCUAACUUCUUUUACUUAAUGGAUCUCGAUGACGAGGGGCGCCUGAGGAAUGUGUUUUGGGCUGAUGCUAGGUCCAGGGUUGCAUAUGGUUUCUUUUGUGACACGGUAACAAUUGACACAACAUGCCUGGCAAACAGGUAUGAGAUACCUCUUAUUUCAUUUGUUGGUGUGAACCACCAUGGACAAUCUGUGUUACUGGGAUGUGGCUUCCUUGGACACGAGUCUAUGGAAUAUUUUGUCUGGAUUUUCAGGGCAUGGAUCAAGUGCAUGCAAGGGCAUCUUCCACAGGUUAUCAUUACUGACCAAAACAAACCCUUGCAAAGUGCAGUAUCUGAGGUUUUCCCAAAUGCUCGUCAUUGUUACAAUGUGUGUUGUAUCACCCAGAGAGUUCCAGAGAGGUUGGGAGGGUUGCAGGGAUAUGAAGCCAUCAAAAGACAAUUAAAUAAAGCUGUCUAUAAUUCCCUAAAGAUAGCUGAGUUUGAAACUUCUUGGGCUGACAUGAUCAAGUGCCAUGGUCUUGGUGAUAAUAAAUGGCUUCAAACGUUGUAUAAAGAAAGACAAGCGUGGGUUCCAGUCUACUUAAAGGACAUAUUUUUUGUGGGAAUGAUCCCCAUCCAAGAAGAUGAGAGCUUGAAUGCCUUUUUUGAUGGUUAUGUACAUAAGCAUACAUCGUUUAAGGAAUUUGUAGAUAAGUAUGAUCUCGCCCUACACCGUAAACACAUGAAAGAAGCCAUGGCAGAUCUGGAGUCCACAAAUUCAAGCUACGAGUUGAAAACAAGAUGCAACUUUGAGGUGCAGCUCUCCAAAGUGUAUACAAAAGAAAUCUUUAGAAAGUUCCAGUCUGAAGUUGAGGGGAUGUAUUCUUGUUUUAACACAAAACAGCUGAGAGUUAAUGGACAAAUAGCAACAUACAUAGUCAAAGAACGAGUUGAAGUUGCAGGAAGUGAGAAGGAGGUUAGGCAUUUUGAAGUUUUAUAUGAUACAAGUCAAGCAGAUAUCCGAUGCAUAUGCUGUUUGUUCAAUUACAAAGGUUAUCUAUGUAGGCACGCCUUGAACGUGCUUAAUUAUAAUGGUGUGGAAGAAGUCCCUUCUCGCUACAUUCUGCCACGUUGGGGCAAAGAUUAUAAGCGCAGGGGUCUUCUAGAUCACAAUUCCGGUGACGUUGAUGUGGAUAACCCAAUUUACUGGCAUAAUCUUCUGUAUAGGUAUGCCAUUCCAGUUGUGGAAGUAGGAGCAGAGUCUUCAGAUCAUUAUAAGAUUGCAUUGCAAGAACUGGAAGAGUUGUUGAACAAAUUCAAUCUUGCAGAGGACAACUUGGUGUAAAUUCCUAUAUGUAGAAACUAGCUAGAAAUUAGAAAAUGCCGAUUUGUAAAACUUCUUGCGGUGUCUAUUAUACUGUCUUCUCAUGCCACUGGUGGAAGAUAUGCAUCUCAUACGAGGUUUCCCAUGUCUUUGAUUCUUUGAACUUGUGGCAAGCGUUAUUCUAGUUUGGUCAUUGAGAAUGUUUUUGC